GCAUCCACCUCACCCCUCUCUCCUCAGCUCUCCACGUUGGGCACUCCUCGCUCCAUUAAAAUCUGGGAUCCUUACGACGUCCUCGCUCCUCCUCCUCCUUUGUCCAUGGAUCGUGAUCCCACGCUGCUGCUGGAGGUUUUCCUUAUUAGCCACGGGGAGUGCGACUUGAAUUUGAGGCCGGAUUUGGUUGGCGGUAGGUGCCACGGAGUGGCCUUGACUGCAAACGGGAAGCGCCAAGCCAGGGCUCUCGCUGUCUUGUUCAAUUCUCAAGGUGUCAGCUUCACUGCUGUUUAUUGCUCGCCAUUGGAUCGGGCAAGAUCGAUGGCCAUGUCAGUUUGUCAGGAGAUGAAUUUUGCUGAGGAUCAGAUACAAUCAUCGGAUGCACUUCUGGAGAUGAGUAUGGGGCACUGGGAAGGCUGCCUCCGAUCACAAACAUACACACCAGAAAUCUUAAGCCUAAUUGAAAGGAACCAGCCUGAUUUUUCUGCACCUUCUGGAGAAUCACUCAGGCAAGUGGAAUUUCGGAUGGUUGAGUUCUUGAAUGGGACUCUCCUUGGACUUCCUCAACAAUUAAGACCACAACUUUUGUCAAACCACAUUCAAGGUUUUUCACUCCAGCACACUCAUUCUCUAACCAACUCUGUCCGUGACAGAGAUGGAUCUUCUCUUCCUCCACCCUUUCCCAGGCACCGGCAUGGACUGUUGAAAAAGAAGUCUGAUAAGAGCAGGCUACAAUUUGUGUCUAAUACUGGCGGUGAUCAUGAUGCUGAUGAUGAAAUGUCUCCUCGGGAAGCCAACCGUAAAUCUGACAUCCAUGGCUUAAAUGUUGUCAGAAGUACCUCUUCCCUCGCUUUACCCUCCUCUAUGUCCUAUUGUGUUGGUGUUUUCACUCAUUCUAUGCCAAUCAAGUGUCUUGUUACAGGCGUCCUUGGGUGCAGCCCAGCAAUGUCACAUAAGAUCUGCAUCGAAGAUUCUUCUGUAACUGUAUUACAGCAUUCAUGGAAAACAGGUUGGCAGAUAAAACGGUUGAAUGAUACUGCACAUCUUAGGCUUCUCUAGUCGGAGAAUUCUGUUAUCAUACAGUGGUGCAGUGGAAAUUUCUGGUGAAAAAGGUGGAAACUUUUUAACUAUUGACCAGAAGUUGGAAUCGCUAAGCCUCAUCAUCGGUUGAAUUUGUAUGUUGCCAUUCGAGUUCAAGCUCUCUCUCACUUUAAUUGGUGAUUCUUCCAUACUUGGUUAUAGCAUUCAAUAUAAUUAUUUUCAGAUU